UCUCGUUUCUGGACGAAAGUGAAAGAGCCAGCAGCUCAGAAGAAUAUUCAUAGAAUGAAGUUGUGGAAUUUUUCAAUUCUCUUAGCUAUUUUUUGGGUAUCUCUGGCCAAUUCGCUUCAGCAUCAAGGCAAGUUCAGCCCGACUGAAGAAGUUUUUACGUGGAAGAAAGUUGAAUAUGAGAAUUUGCCCAAAUCAGAAAAAUCCCGCCUGGGGCCUCACGCGUACUAUAUUCCUCAAAAUAACGACAUAAUCGGAAUGGGCUUCCACCCACUGAGUGGUUUAAUGAUUGUGAAUAUUCUACGUUCACGCCCGGGUGUUCCAACAUCUCUCGGAGCUUUCUGCAUUAAGGACUACAUGCUACAUAAAGUGGGAACAAGUCCCAAAAUUUGGGCCUUUCCAAAUUACGAAAUUAAUGCCCUUCAUCCUGAAGAUUUUUCUGAAAGGAAUCUCAUUGAGAAGACUUCAGGGAAGCUUUUGCUUAAAGCUCCAAAUGAAACGGAAUUUUACAAUGUUACUGACUACAGUGGAUUUAAUUUCAUCUCAUUCAAUCAAUUUUCUUCAUUAGAUACAUCACGAGUUGUUGCAUCAAUUGAACCACCGGAAAAUCCAAGAAUAAUUUCAGCUUUCUGCGUAACGAUCGAUGAACGAUGCAAUCGAGCUUUUUUAGUGGACAACGGACAAUUGCAGUACAAUCAGAAUAUAACGUACAUAAUUCAAAAGCCAGCUCUUGUUGUAAUUGAUCUACCUGCAGAUGGAUGUGACUCGAGGAAUUUCUCAAUAAUCCGACGAAGUGAACUUCCUGAUAGAAUUUCGGAAAAAGGAUCAAAUGGAUUCUUAGGAGUUACUCUCGACUUCCAAAACGAAGAUUCUUGCGAAGAUCUAUUCCUCUACUUCCCAAAUGCCUUCUACAGCUAUCUCGUUGUCUAUGACUACAAGAACGAUGACUUCUGGGAAUUUGAGCAUGAAAGCUUCCUUCCUGUUAGGGCUGAGUCUCACUUUAUUUUCAACCGAAACUUUCGUUAUGAUUUAGAAUUUGGGAUCUAUAGCAUUACCCUGAGCUACGCACCUGAUAAAAACGGAGUCAAGACUGCCUUCUAUGCUCCCUUAGCCAGUACAGCUCAAUUCGGCGUUUCAACGAUGAUUUUAAAAGACAAAACAAAAUCCCCGACAAACUACGAAAUGGAAGACUUUGAGCUUGUAGGCUACAAAGGAUGCAAUCAUCAAACAACAAACAUGGUAACUGACCACACGUACGGCGUGAUCUUCUUCUCUGAAGUUCAAUCCAAUCAAAUACGUUGUUGGAAUAUGAAUAAACCCCUCAAUCCGGACAACAUUGGGGUGGUUUAUGAAUCAAAGAAACUUCUUUUGGGCAUUCAGAUAUCAAUUGAUUCUUUGGGCUACCUUUGGUUCCAUUCAUGUCGCAUUGCUGUUGAUUUUCUCUCUGACUACCCACUUAAUCUUCACGAAGUUAAUUCUCGAUUUUUCCGCAUUAAGGUUUCCGAAGCAAUUAAUGGAACUGUUUGUGAGGACUAAGGGUUGAAUUGAAUUGAAUUUUUUUUGUAUUAAAGAAAUGAAUGAAUGAAUAAAAAAUUGUCCAGAAA